AUGAGCGCGGCUGCUCUCGCACUCGCAGAGCGGCGGUGCGCGCCCGUCUACACCGCCCUCGACUCGGGCAACCCGGCCAAGGCGCUCACGCUCGCGGACCAGCUCCUGCGCUCCUCGCCCUCGCCGCUGGCCGCGGCGCUGCGCCUUCUCGCGCUGGCGCGGCUGCCCGACGCUGCCCGGGCACACGAGGCCGCCGAUGCGCUCAUGGCCAGCGCACCCACCGAUGCCUCGUCGGUGCAUGCUGCGGGCCUGGCGCUGAGCGCGCUCGGCCGCCGCGGCGACGAGGCCACGCUGUUCGACGCCGCGGCAACGGCACAUCCAGGCAGCCUCGACGCCGGCCGCAAGGCACUCCUGGCUCUGGCCCGCGCCUCGCGCUGGCAGCGUGCCCAGCAGGUGGCCAUGCGGCUGCACAAGGCUGCCGUGGCUGCUGCAGGCGCCGCUCCGAGCGGCCUUCGUGCCCAGAUGCGCAGCGAGGCCGGCUUCUUCUUCUGGGCCAGCAUUGCUGCCUAUCUGGUGCUGUCCCGCACACCCAGCGCGCCCGGCGCAGCGCUCGCACUUCCGCUGGCGCACAGAAUGGCGACGCAGCACCUCGAGACCCACCCGCUCGGCCCGCGCUCUGAUGAGGAAGCGUGGCUCGCGACUACGGUCUCUGCGCGUGUCGCGGCACUGAAGCCCGCAGCAGAGCUGCCGGGCGCCAUGGCCGACGCAUUGGAGCUGCUAGAGCAAGGAGAAGGGCCGUCGCUGGUGCGUCGCAACCUCGGCCUCGAGGAGCUCCGCCGCGAGCUGCAGGUCAAAGCCGGCCAGUGGCAGCAGAUGCACAGCGAUGCGUCGCAAGCUCUUGCGGCUGGCAAUCGCAACUGGCCGGUGGUCGCAUCGCUCAUCGACGCAUCGGUCAAGCUCGCCAGCGAAAGCAGAGACGGAGCGCUCCUGUCUCAGGCGAUGGACACGCUGUCAGCACUGGCGCCGGUAGCAAGUGCGAAGCGUGACCGCACACAGCGGCUCGGCGUUCUGCACCUCCGAGCAGCCGUGCUCAAGGCCGAGCUGACUGCGCUUGUCGGUUCUGAUCCUGCCGCCUACGCUGCGGGUGUGGCCGACGAGCUUAGCUCGUACCUCGUGGACCUUGGCGACAAGGCCUGCGCUGCGGACGACCUCGCGCCCUACAUUCCGUCUCUCGCCACGAAAGAGCGUGCACGCUUCGCGUCCUGGUGCGAAGAGCCGCCGCAGACAUUCCCGGAUUUGCGAGCCAUGUACGCUUACCUCAACCGGGCUAAGCUUUCUCGCCUCUGCGGCAAAUACUCGGCGGAGACGCUGAGCGAUGUUGCGCUUGCUGCGCGAUACACUCGCGCGUACGCUGCUGCACUUCCCCUCGGCGCAGAUCUGCCUGCCACGGAGAUGCAGCCGGCCGAUGACUUCGCCCUGCUCGCUGCGCAGACAAUGCUGUCACAGCCUCUCACAGCGGUUGCGCUGCUCGGCUUCGCUCUGCAGAAGAGCCCAAAAGGCUAUCGCUUGCGCCUGCUGCGAUCGCGUCUGCUCGCACGUCUCGGUGCCACGUCUCUAUCGCGCGACGAAGCCGGCCGCAUCGGCAUCAAGGGCGUGCAGUGGGACACGCUUGGCUGGAUUGUCUCCGAGAGGCGAGCACAUGCGGCGAUUGGCGACGAGCAGCGAGCGAACAAGCUCGCGCGGGAGGCUGAGAACCUGUACAAGGAGAACGAGCGAGAGCUGCCGAAGAUGGUGUCAAAGUGCCUGGAGCACGGCACGUUCUCCAGAGUUGAGGAGUUCGUCGAGUUCUCGGAGUGCCUCGAGCGAUCACUCGAGCGCCAGCUGAGUCGCAUCGAGAGCGUCCGCGCCGCUCUACUCGGCGCCAGUCCUCCGGAUCAAGGGCACGCGCAGCGCCUUGCGACCGUUCUGCGGGAGGCGCACGAGGCGCUGGAGGCCGGCACGCAUGAUCAGCGUGACUACGCCGUGCUGCCCUCGCUCUUGCCCCUCGACGGGCCAACAUGCGAAGAGCUGAUCACGCUGGGCUCUGGGCCGCGCCCAUCGGCCUGCUUCGCCCGAGCUGCGCUGACAAUCGCAGCCUCGUCACUGGGCAUCGACACUGCUUUCGAGUCCACGUCUAGCGAGCAGACAGAUCUGUCCGAGCUCAACCCUGCCGAGGCAGCGCUACAUCGCUUUGCGCUCGCGCUCAAAGAUGACGACCUUGCAUCUGUCGAAGGCUUCUUCGAAGCGCGGCGCGACGAAGUGCAGCAGCCACGGGCGGAGACAAGCCCAUGGCAUGUGCAGCAGACUGCCUGCGUUGCUCUCGAGGCCUACGUUGCGGUGCAAGCGACUGCGUCGCGCACCAAGUCACCAUCUGCCCGCAGUCUGCUGGCACGCGCUUCAGCCCCACUCGAAGCGAUUGCCCAGUCGCUGGCACGCACGUCCCCGGCACGCGGCGCCGACGAUGCACAGCUCGCGCUGCCGCUGAUCCCGCUCGUCGGCGGGAGCAAAGCAGACGCACUCGCACUGCUGUCGCAAGUCAGCCGCGACGUCGCUGCAAAUCGGCACGCCGUGCGAUCUGCUCUCGCUACCAGGAUACGAAGCCGUCUGGCUGGGCAAUAG